AUGGCUUUCCAGACCAAAGUAGACCCUGAAUACCUGCGCCAGAUACAGGCUCGUCCUCUGCAGGAGCAGUGGCUCACUGCGCAGCUAGAAGAUCUGGGCCUUAGGAUAUCGAAGUUCAAUAAUGUGCGCGCCGCAGACCAGUCGAAUUACAUGGCUAUAACAACCGCUGCGAUAGAAUGCACUUUCCUUCUUAAGACUACGCUUCUGGAGCCUGCUGGGUAUGAGAAACUCUACGAAAAGGUCUCUGAAUUCCUGGUCUCCCUUCGCCAGUACUUCUCAUCGAUUACAGAGAACCCACUUGGGCGCAUCAUGAGCCCGUACCAGCUUUAUGUCUUCGUACAGCGCACAACCAUCGUCAUACCGCGCCUGUAUCUAAUGGCCCUUGCUGCGUCUAUUUGGCUGGAGCACCUCAACAAUGCCAGGAAGUUCCUCCAUGCGAAUCCGGACACAGCUCCUGCUGAGCUACUGAAGCUUGGGAUGCCUACCACUAUGGACAGUAUCCGUGAGCUUAAGAACAACAUAGUUCUUGACUUGCACGAGUUCUGCCGUGGUGUCCAGAAUCCCUUACGCCACCUCUUUCUGCGCCACUAUAUAGUUGAGGUACUGCGCCCGCAUCUUGACUUUGAUCUGAGUGAGCCGUACGUGGUCGUUGCUGAUGUCGACAUCACUUUGGACUUUUUAUUGCGAAACUAUAUUGAGAUGAACCGUUUCUGGGUCCGUACCCAGUACGACCCGGCGCGAACGCGUAAGGAAGCAGACAGACGCGACAAGAGGCGCAUUUACCUCUCCGAAAUGAUCAGCACUGGUUUCAAGGAGAUUGCCAAGCUAUGCACAAUAGAUGGUCUCCAGGCAGAUGUACUUGUCGAGGUGCUUCGCCAGGUAAAACUCAGCAGUGACCCUAUGUCCACCGCAACUAUUCUGGAGGGUGUCUGCGCCCAUAUCAACAUCAACAAGCUCUUCGUUGCAUUAGACGAUGUUUUUGCUGCUGUCGUUAGUGGAUGCCACGGUGUCAAGUCUUUCAUCAUUCUGCUAGACCGUCUUUCGUUGGAGAAGGAGAAGAUCACGAUUACUGAAGAAUUGUAUAGGAGAUUCUGUGAAGCAGGAACAGGACUUUGCAAUACGGUACUUCAGGAGAUAGCGUCAAAGGGUCUGGAGCAUGUUGACAAGGUCACAGGCAUGAUCAUGGAUAGCGCUUGGAUUUCUUGCAUCAACGCUCUUCUGGUAUUCUCGUCUCGUGUCUGGCCUGAGGAUAUGAGCAAGCUAACGUCUGCCCUCAACGUUCUGAUUGGCAUAAUUUUCCCUCACUGCUCAGAGCAGCACAUCAGGUCGUAUGCCGAACAGGUCGAGAACAGACAUCUGCCGCAGAUACAACCAGUGCAGCUCUUGGAGCGCGAUGAUGACUCGAUUGUGAAGACUCUUACUUCGCCGCUCAUAAGGAUGAAGGCAUCUAUGAUGCCAGAGUACCUUAGACUAUUGCCAUCUCGCGCACUCAAAUGUUAUCUUAUGCAGAAGUCGGACCGUCUUAUGAGGGAUUUCAGUUUGGGCGUCGCAUAUGCUCUUCUGGAAAACCCGCUCACUGUUUCCCCCGAGGAAUACGCUAGAAAUAACGAAAGGGCCCUUAUGUUGGGCAAGUUCUGCUUUGAGAACGUUUAUACUCUUGCGCAUACUGACUGUCUCCUUUUCGCGAAGUGCAUUCAAUCAUUCCACGGUGCUCUUGAUUGCUAUAACAUGCUUAUGAAUCCAAACUACGAGCUGCCGACGGAAGCGAAGGCAGAUAUAUAUCCAAGUCUCUUCUAUGUCUGUCAUCGUGAUGGGUAUCUUCGCGAGGCAGGUAGGGUUGCCAGCUUGAUGGAUGACAUCGAUCAACAAGCUGCGAUAAAGCUCCACAUCGACAACACUAAGUCCAUCAUAGAAGCGAUGAGCGGCUCCUAUUUCUCCACUGAGACCUUCACCAAGGACGAUAUCUAUAACGAGCUUGCUGCAGCUAUUCUUGUCUAUGAGUGCUUCCACAGUUCUAGGCAGCAGUGCCAGAUACUGUGCGAGAUGAUGAGUGUCGUUGCUAGCGUCAAGCUUCCAGAGGGCGAGGAGGCUGCCAUUCUGAACAGGUUCCUUGCUUUAGCCAGCGUUCUCCUUGUACGAAGAGAGCGUCCCGUGGUUCUUGCAAAGUGCUCGCAGCUUUUCAGAGUUCAUCAUCAAGAUGAGCGUAGCCGUCAGGCAGAGUCUUUAGCGCGAACCGCUCAGGCGAAGUGGGGAGACGCCGACUCGCAAAAGAGGAUGGAGAUCUUCCUCGGAAACUGA